AUGUUCGGCGCGCCCGCGACCCCCGCGACCCCCGCGUUCGGCGGCUUCGGCGCGCCCGCGAGCCCCGCGCCCGCGGCGGGAGGAGGUCUCUUCGGCGCGCCAGCGAGCCCGGCCCCAGCCGCCGGCGGAGGGCUGUUCGGCGCUCCCGCCAGCCCGACGCCCGCGGGCGGCGGUCUGUUCGGUGCGCCGGCGGCGUCGACCCCGGCGAGCGGCGGCGGUCUGUUCGGUGCACCGGCGGCGUCGACUCCCACGGCGGGCGGCGGCGGUCUGUUCGGCGCCUCCGUGCCCGCGUCGACUCCCGCGGCGGGCGGUGGAUUGUUCGGAGCCUCCCAACCUGCGGCGGGAGGCGGUCUGUUCGGUGCCUCCCAACCUGCGGCGGGCGGUGGAUUGUUCGGUGCCUCGCAGCCGGCGGCGGGCGGCGGUCUGUUCGGUGCGUCCGCACCCGCGGCGGGCGGCGGUCUCUUUGGCGCGUCCGCACCCGCGGCGGGCGGCGGUCUCUUUGGCGCGUCCGCACCCGCGGCGGGCGGCGGCCUCUUCGGCUCCGCUGCGCCGUCGACGGGCGGCGGCCUCUUCGGUGCGUCGUCGGCGCCGUCGACGGGCGGCGGCCUGUUCGGCGCAGCCUCCGCCCCGGGUCUAUCGACGGGCGGGGGUCUGUUUGGCGCGUCAUCGCAGCCCGCGGGGGCGGCGGCGACGGGCGGGGGUCUGUUUGGCGGUACCGCUCCUGCGCUCGGCGGCGGCGGCCUCUUUAGCGGUCAGCCCGGCAACGCGUUAGCCCUCGCGCAGCCCCAGGCUUCGUUCCUGAGCACCACCAACGGCCAGCCGGUGCGCCACUACACGCAGUGGGGCGAGCUGACGCCGCAGUCGCAGCAGCAGCUCAAACAGCUGGAGGCUAUGAUCAUAGCCGCGAGGGAGGACUCUAAGCUGUUGGACGGCGUGGAGAGGUUGGCCGAGUACCAGCCCCCGAAGAAGGGUUCGUCGGCGGUGGGUAAUAAGAAAGGGGAGGUGGCCCGGCCGUCGCCCGGCGCCAACGGUAAGCUCACGAAGGGCGAGAUCCAGCGGCGGGAUCUGGAACGGGCGGCGAAGGCCACGGCCAACAGGCUGAAGCUGCUCGAGACGCAGCUGUGGAGCGAUAACGACCGGCUGACCGGGUUGACCGAGGCGGUGGUCGAGUGCCUCCGAGACACCGAGCACGCGCAGGCCCGGCUUCAACGACUCAAGGAUGCGCACGCGGCGGAUGAUCUGGCCAGGUCGCACGCGCUCGCGCACCCGAACCAGCCCCCCCCGCCGGCGGCGGCGCCCGUGUACCUGCCCGCCCCGCGUCGACCCUCGCCCUACCUCGAAAAAACCGUCGAGCGGCUCUACGCCACCGCGGAGGGCUUCGAACGCGGGACGCUGGAGAUGGAGCACAACCUUCGCACGACGGGCAGGGUGUUGGGCGCGGGGGGAGGGGGCGCGGGCCACGGUCUGGAGGCUCUCACCGCGGCGCUGCACGGCCACGCGUCGUCGUUUCCCGCAAUCGGAUCAGGCGGCGGCGGCGAGGAUGGGUUGGAAAAGUUUGACGGCGGCGUCGCGGCGCUCAAGGCGCUCCGAGCGUCACGAACCGGCGGACCCGCCGAGCACAGGUCGGCGGUGGAGGCGGCGAGGAGGUACUUCAACAAGGUUGGCGGAGACCUGGCCAAGCUGCACGAGCGGGUGUCGAGGGCCAAGGCUGCGCACCUCGCCAAGCUGAGGGAGAAGGGCGACCACAGAGAUCCCUUCGCGGAGGCUGAAAAGGAGGAGGAGGAAGCGAGGCGGCUCGCGGAAUUGGCGGAGCGACCCGAGGCGGCGAUGGCCCUCCCCGCGCCCGGCGCGCCCGGUCAGCCGCUCGCCCUCCCGGCGCCCGCGACGGGCGGGGGGCUGAGCCUCACCACUCCCGGGGGCACGAGCCUCUUUGGCGCCCCCGCGGCGGGCGGCGGCCUGUUUGGCGGGGCGUCGGCGUCGGCAACCGGAGGCGGUCUGUUCGGUGCCUCGCAGCCGGCAACUGGAGGCGGUCUGUUCGGCGGUGCCUCGCAGCCGGCAACCGGAGGCGGUCUGUUCGGCGGUGCCUCGCAGCCGGCAACCGGAGGCGGUCUGUUCGGCGGUGCCUCGCAGCCGGCAACUGGAGGCGGCCUGUUCGGCGCAGCUUCCACCCCGGCGACGGGCGGGGGUCUGCUCGGCGGCGCAGCCUCCACCCCGGCGGCGGGCGGCGGUCUGUUCGGCGCACCCCAACCAGCGGCGGCCGGCGGUCUGUUCGGCGCACCCCAACCAGCGGCGGGCGGCGGUCUGUUCGGUGCGCCCGCGUCGACCCCGGCGGGCGGCGGAGGGUUGUUCGGCGCACCGGCGGCGUCGACUCCCGCGGCGGGCGGCGGCGGUCUGUUCGGCGCCUCCGUGCCCGCGUCGACUCCCGCGGCGGGCGGCUCCGGUCUCUUUGGUUCCCCGGCGCCGGCGACUCCCUCGUUUGGCGCGGCCGCGACUCCGUCGUUUGGCGGCGCGGCGCCGGCGGCGGCGGGGGGCGGGGGUCUCUUCGGAAGCCCCGCGCCCGCGGCGGGAGGUUUCGGCGCGGGCGCGUUUGGAAGUCCGGCGCCGGGUGGCACCGUCAGGCGGUCGGCUCGAAGGAGGUGA